ACCCCCCCUCGUCCGACCUCUGUCUCCCCCCUUCUCUUUCUCUCUCUAGAUAAACCCUCUCUCUCCUCUCUCUCACUCCCCAGUCUCCCCAUACCAGCAGCAGCUAGGGUUCUUUAUUUCUACUGUAAUCCUUCAAUCUCUCCCAAACCCCCACUCUUCCAAUCUCAUCACCAUGCUUUUCCCUCCAAACUAACCUCCGAUUCAACCCCUUCUCUCUCCGAAUUCCAAAACACUCUGUCUCUCUCUCCACAUACAUAUACAUAUUCAUGGCGAAGACCAAACCUGGCAAAAAAGACUUGGAUUCUUACUCCAUCAAAGGCACCAACAAAAUCGUCAGACCUGGAGAUUGUGUGUUGAUGCGACCAUCGGACUCCGAUAAGCCUCCCUAUGUGGCACGCGUGGAGAAGAUCGAGGCUGAUCACCGGAACAACGUCAAGGUUCGGGUCCGGUGGUACUACCGGCCGGAGGAGUCCUUAGGAGGACGGAGACAGUUUCACGGAGCGAAAGAAUUGUUCUUGUCGGACCAUUAUGAUGUGCAGAGUGCUCAUACUAUAGAAGGGAAGUGCAUUGUUCAUACUUUUAAGAAUUACACUAAGCUUGAAAAUGUUGGGGCUGAGGAUUACUUUUGUCGGUUUGAAUACAAGGCUGCCACCGGAGGGUUUACUCCGGACCGUGUGGCUGUGUAUUGCAAGUGUGAGAUGCCAUAUAACCCAGAUGACCUCAUGGUGCAAUGUGAGGGUUGCAAGGACUGGUUUCAUCCUUCUUGUAUGGGUAUGACUAUUGAAGAAGCAAAGAAAUUGGAGCACUUUAUGUGUGCUGAAUGUUCUUCUGAUGAUGAUGCAAAACGAUCCUUAAACUCAUUCCCAGUAUCGCCAUCCGUUCAGACUAAGGUGGAGCCAAAACGCAGGAAGAGGUGACCAAUCACGAUGCUUGCUGUGGAGGUACUCAUUUUAUUGUGUAUUAGCUCUGCAGUAUUGUUGUUGUGUUUGUGGAAAUUGUACAGUGCAGAGAAGAUACUGUGCUUGCACAAACCAGAGGUUUUCUUAAUUUUCCAUGUUGAACCAAAUUAUAUAUAAAUGUUUGUUAUUCGUGCACUAAAAAGGGGGGGGGAAUGGCAGCGACUUGUUGAAGUGCAGAGUCAUUAAAACACAUUAAAACUAAAUUAUUAAGAAUCGAACUUGAAUCUAUUGUGAUAUGCUUAUUGCUGGUUAUAUUCUGUAUAUGCAAAUAGCAUAGUAAUUGUUUUACUCAGUCCCCACCCAAAUUUUGUUUUGAUUUUCCUCUUUUUGGAGGGAAAAGAAAGAAAGGGAGAGAAAAGAGAAAGAAGGGGUGGAUUUCAAAACUUUGAUGUGAAUUAUUGACUGCUACGUUGCAUGGGGGAUAUGAUAAGGCUGUGCAGUCUGCACUAGCAGAUCAAGCUUUCGAUGCAUAUUACAAUUUAAAGAAGAAAAUGUGGUUUUGAUUUCUGAUGAUGCAAUUUUAUUCUACUUAUAGGAUUAGGCUUUUUGUCUGCACAAUUAGCAAGUUUGUUCUAGUUUUUGUGGUGGUUUCAGAAUAUUAUGGGCAAGAUUUUGUAGUUGAACUAAUUGUUGAUUUGACGAAUUGAACUGCUCAUUUUCGUUUGGUUUUUAGCCUCUGGUGAUUUUAUUCAGACUGACCACCACUCUAUGCCACUGUUGAUAUUGGCGCAUUGCUACGAUGGUAUUACAUUUGUUAUAUAGGGUGUAACACAUAGCUAGGGCAAGUUCUCUAGAUUGUUAAGUGUAGCCUCUGUUUUUGUUGUUCAUUAUCUACAUAUGAUGCUUUACAAAAUUGUAUUCCAAUUAUUAUUAUUUUUAGACUGUCAACUGUUUAUAUAUAUUUCGAGUUCUGGAAACUGUGCCGGAGGCAGAAUUGCAGGCUGCAUAUAAGUUGGGACCAGUUUGCUAGAGGUUCAGUGGGUAGUGUGUAUUGCCAUGGUUAGAGAGACAGGGUAUACUAUUAGAUAAACAUAUUAAGACAGUAC